AUGAUCGUGUUGCGCAAGAAGAAGUUUUCGGAUGAUGCCGAAGCAUUACAAAUCGCCAAUGGGACUGAAUACGGCUUGGGAAGUGGUUUAUGGACAAACAAUCUACAACGUGCACAUUUAUUUGCUAAGAAAAUCAAAGCUGGCAUGUGCUGGAUCAAUAGUUAUAAACGUGUCAAUCCAGGUAGCCCAUUUGGUGGUGUAGGCAAGUCAGAAUCGCAAAAGACCAAAAGUAUUUUAGUGGACAAUGGCUUUUCUUCAGUUCUGGUGAUUACAACACCAGAACAAGAAGAAACAGGCUUAAUGAUGGCAAAGCAGUUGGGUGAAUUGGCUGUGGGUGUUUACCCACAUGCAGUGAUGCAUGUUCCAACCGGUGUUGCUGAUGAAGCGAUUCAGUUUGCAACCAAAAAGAAUAUUGACUGUUGUUUGGCUUUGGGUGGUGGUUCGACGAUUGGACUUGCUAAGGCGAUCGCAUUAAAAACUGGAAUUCCAAUUGUCGCUAUUCCAACGACUUAUGCAGGUAGUGAGAUGACCACAGUCUAUGGUUUGACUGAAAAUAAUCUCAAAAAAACAGGCAAAGAUAUCAAAGUACUUCCUAAAGUCGUGAUUUAUGACCCUGAAUUAAGUCUGACUUUACCUGCUGGUAUUUCCGCAAGUUCAGGAAUGAAUGCAAUGGCACAUGCGGUUGAGGCACUGUAUGCACAGGAUAAAAAUCCGAUUAUUAGCAUGAUGGCAAUUGAGUCGAUUAAGUCACUUAGUCAGGCUUUGCCAAAAAUUGUGAAAAACUCACAAGAUAUCGAAGCGCGUAAGCAAGCCACUUAUGGUGCUUGGCUUGCUGGGAUUUGUUUGGGUUCAGUUGGCAUGGCAAUUCAUCACAAACUUUGUCAUACCUUGGGUGGAACUUAUAAUCUACCCCAUGCACAGGCACAUGCUAUUACUUUGGCAUAUUCAGCACAUUAUAACCGCAAGGCAGAUAUCCAAGCCAUGGAUCAACUUGCUCAGGCACUCGGUGGGCAAAGUCAUGAACAAGUUGGACAACUGAUUUAUAAACUUAAUCAACAACUGGGUAUUCCAUUGGCUUUAAAAGAUAUUGGGUUACCAGAAGACGGUCCAAGCGAAGUGGCUCGCAUUACCUGUGAAAGUCCAUAUUACAAUCCGAGAAGUUAUGAAAGAGAUGAAUUGGAAACACUUCUUCAACGGGCUUAUCUCGGUUUAGAGCCGAGAUAA